UUCCUCAUUUCCUCCCCCCUUUCACGGUUCACCUUUUUGUGACCCCCCCCCCCCAUGACUACCAGUGGUUUCACACCCAUAGUUUUGCUGUUUUAACCCUUCGACCACAAUGCAAUAGCUUGCUUCCCAGACUUGAUGCCUUCCCGGUGGUCAAUCCUCUGUGGUCCAAGGACAUUUUGUGUCAUUGUUCGUUUUCUUCUGCAUUGGUAUUGACUUCCAACUUUGCAGCAAAUGUCAGUGUGGGCUCAGUUAUAUAUUUUCAUGCUUUUAAUGUGCAGCCUGUGCAAUAAAACUAAAGCCACUGUAGGGUUGCCAUGCUUUUUGAUAGGGGAGGUGGUUAGGUGUUCGAUGUUCAAAGAGAUAAUUCACCUAACAAACGUGGGUCGCAGAUGGGUUGUGUGUGAGUCGAAGGGUUAAGAAUCCCAUGUGAGCGCCAGCCUAAAUUAUGAUGGGAAAGGGCAGUGUCCUCUUGUCUUAGCAUAUGAGGAUGAGAAAUGUUAGUGUGAGGGUUAGUUAUGGUGUAACUCACCUGCCAACAAACCAUGCUGAGCUCAGUACCUGAUGACAAACAACAACUUGUUCGCUAACAGACAGCUUUAGAUACCAAGGCAGGCCGUGGAGGGAAAUAUUCUUCAUCACUUUGAUGUAGUCAACUCAGGAUCAUCAAGGUUAUAUAAUAACAUAAAAUUCAUAAUUAGGUCUAGUUUUUUUCCCCCAGUUUCUCUUUGUCUGGACUGUAAUUUAAGUCUUGUAACUUAACCAUCUCUGUUCGAUUGUUAGACACGAUAGACAUGCAAAGUCUUUUGGCCUCAACAUAGGACAUGACAACUUAGUUGUAACUUACUUGAGCCCUUUUUACACAGAUCGCACUAUAGGGCCGCUGCAAAGUUCCUCCUAUACCCCGGCUUUGCAUUUUUACUCAGAACCAAACAACGGCAGCAUCAUGCUGUUCCUGUGUGUGAUUUUAGACAGCACACCGGCAUCCCGGAAACAAAUGAAGUGUGACGGGCAUCAGUAUGGGCCUCUAAAGUGACUUAUGACAUACGUGACAACAGGACAUUCUGAACAAUAAUAAAGGCAAUAACAAUAAUAUACCGUCCCUGUUACUGUUAUAUGGUGGCCGAUCUCACAUUCUGUUCUGAGGGUAAGGAGCUCCCGGACCUCAUUGUCUUCCCUGAUUUUCUGACAUUUUCAGCUGCUUAUUCUUCUUUGAAUUAGCUGCUAACUGCUGCUAGCAAUACAUUAGACAUCAUCAAAAUGUCAAACCUAUCCUGUCCAUGGUCCUGUUUCACCGGCAGUCCUUUUUACACAGACGUUAAUUCACUGCUGUUACUACCCCAGCUGCAGGCUUAAAGAUGAGACAACUCUGUCUCUCCACUUUCGAUUAUACGUUUUGUAAAGAACGAUGAGGCGGAAUAACGGCGGAAUAUUGCGGCAGUGUAAAAGGGGCUUUUCUUACAGAUUUGAGGACUAGGCUCUUUGGGUUUAGUUAAAGCGUCUUAUCACAAAUUAACCAUGUUUCUAAUUUUGCAAGACUAAAACACUUCAUAAUGAUAAUAUAUUUUGUUUAAAAGGCGCCUUUCAAAACACCCAAGGUCACCGACUUAAGAAACAUGCAGGAGUCUGAGCCAGCUAGUUUAUCGUCCUUUCCAUUUUUAUUGCAUCUUCACUUCCACUGACAAUAUGAGCUUAAACAGCCUGAGUGCUUCAGGUGUGGUCUAGGUAGGGCUUACCUGAAGCCUGCAUGUAGAGAGAGCUCUUUGUACAAAGUUGUUGUGUAAAUAUAUUUUUAUUUUACAACUCUCUCUGUAAAAUAGAAAUAUGUUAUCAAGAAAAUUGUGUACCACAAUACCACAGGCCCAUACUAACUGUCCUUAAUUUCUCUCCUACAGCAGUACUGCUUUGCCAGUCCUGUACUGCACUCUGUUAAGGGUGCAGCAACUCGUCCUGUGUAGGUUAUGGGGAACACAGAGAACUGUGCACUUGUCAGUUUGGUCAGGGUCCACGUUGGCUGCUUGUUUGGGGCCUGUGAGGGGAAUCAGAUGCAGCCCAGCUACAACAAACCUCAACCCCCAAGAGCCUAUUAAGUUUUUUUUAUUUGGCUUAUCAAUGGCAUACAAAUUUAGAUAAAAUUUCCCAUGCAUUCAUGAUGGAAAAUUACAGCCCAAAUAUUUAACUUCAUAUCUUACCCCUAUUUUAUCAGCUACCUUUUGUCCUGAAAAGGAAGUCAAGAUCUGAAUGUAUGAUGAUUGGAGAACAGCCAGAGCUGUUAUAAGACAGUGAGGCUCUGGCAUGUCAUAUUUCUGACAGUUGGGCUAGAUUUAUCAUUAUUUAUACCUCAUAUUUAUAUUUGAAUGCCAAAGUAGAUGCUCAUAUUUAUAUAUUUAUCUUUACAUGCUAGUAUUAAGAACUGGGAAUCUGGAGCACAGGUAUUCCAUGUGAUUUUUUUUCAAGUUUUGUGGUUAUGCCCCAAGAAGAUUUGUUUUUUUUUUUGAGUGCCGUAAAUCAAUGCAACACAGGUGGUAUACUGUUGUGUGUGAGUUCAAACCCUUUUCCAAAGUGUUACUAAUGGUAAAGAGAAAUUUUCUAGGCUUCUUUUCUGCCGGUUGAAGUCUGACUGCAGAGGGACCCUUGGCACUGAAAGUGGGGCAAAACGCCGGACCCCAAGCUGCAGGUCAGAUCGUACGUGGACGUCAUGUUGGAGCAGAACCUGUCCAAAGAGGAGAGAGAGAUUCGUCAGCAGCUGGCAGAGAAGGCCAAAUCGGGGGACCUGAAAGCUGUCAACGGGUCCGCCGCCACACAAGCUGCUGCAAAACGUAAGCGUCGCUGGGACCAGACAGCUGACCAGACUCCCUCUAAUGCUACACCCAAAAAGAUGUCCAGCUGGGACCAGGCGGACUCCGCUACUGAAGUGGGCCAUACUCCAGGACACACCCCCGCACACACACCUUCAAACAGCCGGUGGGAUGAAACCCCUGGCCGCCCCAAAGGCAGCGAGACCCCAGGGGCCACUCCCAGUACCCGCAUGUGGGACCCCACUCCCAGUCACACACCUGCUGGCGCUGCCACCCCUGGCAGGGACACACCUGGCCAUGCCACGCCCGGCCACGGCGGAGCCACAGGAAGCGUACGCAAGAACCGCUGGGACGAAACCCCAAAGACAGAAAGGGAGACCCCGGGACACGGGAGUGGCUGGGCUGAAACUCCACGCACAGACAGAGGAGACGAGUCGGUUGGCGAGACUCCAACGCCAGGGGCCAGUAAGAGGAAGUCUAGGUGGGAUGAAACACCCGCCAGUCAGAUGGGAUCCUCAACACCACUACUGACCCCAGGAAAGACGCCCAUAGGAACGCCAGCUAUGAACAUGGCUACCCCAACACCAGGUCACCUGAUGAGCAUGACCCCAGAGCAGCUGCAGGCGUGGAGGUGGGAGAGGGAGAUUGACGAGAGGAACCGGCCUCUCACAGACGAGGAGCUUGAUGCCAUGUUCCCAGAGGGUUACAAGGUUUUGCCUCCACCAGCAGGCUAUGUGCCGAUCCGCACUCCAGCCCGUAAACUGUCCGCCACACCAACCCCCAUCGGAGGCAUGACGGGCUUCCACAUGCAGCAGGAGGACCGCACCACCAAACAGAUGAACGACCAGCCCUCAGGAAACCUCCCCUUCCUCAAACCUGAUGACAUCCAAUAUUUUGACAAACUGCUGGUGGAGGUGGAUGAGUCCACGCUGAGCCCCGAGGAGCAGAAAGAGAGGAAGAUCAUGAAGCUGCUGCUGAAGAUUAAAAAUGGAACACCGCCCAUGAGGAAGGCCGCUCUGCGUCAGAUCACAGACAAAGCUCGUGAAUUCGGAGCAGGCCCCCUAUUCAACCAGAUCCUGCCAUUACUCAUGUCGCCCACCCUGGAGGACCAGGAGCGCCACCUGCUGGUUAAAGUCAUCGACCGUAUUCUCUACAAACUGGACGACCUGGUUCGACCAUAUGUCCACAAGAUCCUGGUGGUGAUUGAGCCUCUGCUGAUUGAUGAGGACUACUACGCCAGAGUAGAAGGCAGAGAAAUCAUCUCUAACUUGGCAAAGGCUGCCGGUUUGGCUACAAUGAUCUCCACAAUGAGACCUGAUAUCGACAACAUGGACGAGUACGUCAGAAACACGACAGCACGAGCCUUCGCCGUGGUGGCCUCUGCCCUCGGUAUUCCCUCUCUGCUGCCGUUUCUCAAAGCUGUGUGUAAAAGCAAGAAGUCCUGGCAGGCCCGACACACAGGCAUCAAGAUCGUGCAGCAGAUCGCCAUCCUCAUGGGCUGUGCCAUUCUGCCCCACCUUCGCAGCUUGGUGGAGAUCAUCGAACACGGUCUGGUGGAUGAGCAGCAGAAGGUGAGGACCAUCAGUGCCCUGGCUAUCGCUGCCCUGGCUGAAGCUGCUACACCCUACGGUAUCGAGUCCUUUGACUCCGUCCUCAAGCCCCUCUGGAAGGGUAUCAGACAGCACAGAGGAAAGGGUCUGGCUGCUUUCCUCAAAGCUAUCGGUUACCUGAUCCCACUGAUGGACGCCGAGUAUGCAAACUACUACACCAGGGAGGUGAUGCUGAUCCUCAUCAGAGAGUUUCAGUCCCCUGAUGAGGAGAUGAAGAAGAUUGUGCUCAAGGUGGUGAAGCAGUGUUGUGGCACUGAUGGUGUGGAAGCUAACUACAUCAAGACAGAGAUCCUGCCGCCCUUCUUCAAGCACUUUUGGCAGCACAGGAUGGCUCUGGACAGACGCAACUACAGACAGUUGGUGGACACCACAGUGGAGCUGGCCAACAAAGUGGGAGCAGCAGAGAUCAUCUCUCGCAUCGUUGAUGACCUGAAAGACGAGGCGGAGCAGUACAGAAAGAUGGUGAUGGAGACCAUUGAGAAAAUCAUGGGCAACCUGGGUGCAGCUGACAUCGACCACAAGCUGGAGGAGCAGCUGAUCGACGGCAUCCUGUACGCCUUCCAGGAACAGACCACAGAGGACUCUGUGAUGCUUAAUGGUUUCGGCACAGUGGUGAACGCCCUCGGGAAGCGUGUGAAACCCUACCUGCCUCAGAUCUGCGGUACGGUGCUGUGGCGUCUCAACAACAAGUCAGCCAAAGUCCGUCAGCAGGCUGCCGACCUGAUCUCCCGUACCGCUGUGGUCAUGAAGACGUGCCAGGAGGAAAAGCUGAUGGGUCACUUGGGUGUGGUGCUGUACGAGUACCUGGGAGAGGAGUACCCCGAGGUGUUGGGAAGCAUCCUGGGAGCGCUGAAGGCCAUCGUUAAUGUCAUCGGCAUGCACAAGAUGACUCCACCAAUCAAAGAUCUGCUUCCUCGUCUAACUCCCAUCCUGAAGAACAGACAUGAGAAGGUGCAGGAGAACUGUAUUGACCUGGUGGGCAGGAUCGCUGACAGGGGUGCUGAAUACGUGUCGGCCAGGGAGUGGAUGAGGAUUUGUUUUGAGCUGCUGGAGCUGCUAAAGGCUCACAAAAAAGCCAUCCGCAGAGCGACUGUCAACACGUUUGGUUAUAUCGCCAAAGCCAUCGGCCCCCAUGACGUCUUGGCCACACUACUCAAUAACCUGAAGGUCCAGGAGCGUCAGAACAGAGUCUGUACGACCGUAGCCAUCGCCAUCGUCGCUGAAACCUGUUCACCUUUCACAGUGCUGCCGGCACUCAUGAACGAAUACCGCGUGCCUGAGCUCAACGUGCAGAACGGCGUGCUCAAGUCCCUCUCCUUCCUGUUUGAGUACAUCGGAGAGAUGGGCAAAGACUACAUCUACGCUGUCACACCGCUGCUGGAGGACGCGCUCAUGGACAGAGACCUGGUCCACAGACAGACGGCCAGCGCGGUGGUCCAGCACAUGUCUCUGGGCGUCUACGGUUUCGGCUGUGAGGACUCUCUCAACCACUUACUCAACUACGUGUGGCCUAACGUUUUUGAGACGUCGCCUCACGUGAUCCAGGCCGUCAUGGGCGCUCUGGAGGGGCUGAGGGUCGCCAUCGGGCCCUGCCGCAUGCUGCAGUACUGCUUACAGGGUUUGUUCCAUCCAGCCAGGAAGGUCCGAGACGUCUACUGGAAGAUUUACAACUCCAUCUACAUCGGCUCGCAGGACGCCCUCAUCGCUCACUACCCACAGGUCUACAACGAUGAGAAGAACAUGUAUGUCCGCUACGAGCUGGAUUACGUCUUGUAAAUACAAAUCAAUGUGCUCUCCACUUCUCUCCUCCUUCCACCGUCACUCUCUGUUGUUGUCUCUAAUCUCGGUCCAGGACCGAGUCAGUUUUUAUUUAGAAACCCGUAACGUUUCCCGGGAUGAAACGAUCCGACACAGGCGCAGUCAGCCUCUGAUCAUUGACCCUGAAGAGAAGAGCGAGCAUGUUAGGAGACGUCAGAGGAACAUGUAGAGUCUGUAUGUACUUUUUAUUUUUACUCAGUUUGAGUGUCCCUGUACGGAAAUGUCAGAUGAGCCUCUGUUUGAAGAAUCAGCAACACGUCACCACAACGUUUUAAAUAUUUGGAUUAUUUUUUUGUUAGUGUGUAUUGAUUAUUGAUCGGCCUCUGAUCCGGCUUCUCCCCUUACACACCCGCUCCUCGUUUCACACCUCCUCUGUUCUUACAGGUUGUUGCUUUAUUUAACCGAAUAAAAUGUUUGUGUAUAAAACUCCAA